UAUGUUGUUUUUUGCCGCGCUUUUUCGUGUAUUUUUUAUCUGUGGACUUGAAGCGAAGUCCAUUUCAGAAGACGCUGUGAAUCCAAGAAGCGUAAAUUUAAAUCUAAGAACAUCAUUCCAAGUCGACAACGACGAAGGACAAAAUUUUAAUUCAGAAGACAUGUGGACGUUUCUCGCGGAGCAAAUACGAAAAAUAUGCCAAAUGUUGAGCAAGAACGGCAAAUUCAAAGAAAUAAUCGAAAAAUUAACAAAUUAUGGUUUUAUCGUUGAAGAGAGAUCGGAUAGCGACGAGCUAAACGAAAAAUCAAGAUCAAAGGGGAUGAAUGAGGAGAACUUCAAUUUCUUUGUGAAAUCUAAGAAAAACGACAAAAGUAAAAACUGAAUAUAAUCAUUGCUUUAUUUAGAAUACCGGUU